UUUCCCAGCGUGCCCGGCGGCGCGAUGGCGGUUGGCGCUGAGCGAGCGGGCAGCGGGGACAGUUGGAACUGGUAGAUCCAGUGGGUUUGAGACCUAUGAAGAGAUCCAAAAAGAAGUGGUGGCUGCAUUUGUUGCAAUCUUCCUAAGAUCUUUUGAUUCUGGAGAAGUACAAGAGGAUGGGAAAGCUGCCAAUGUGACACUCCCAUUUGAAAAGAGGAAGCUGAAAAGCAGGUUGUGCACUGGGAGUAAGGCGUAGGGAAUCUGAACAUGAGUAACACAGCGGCGACGAGAAAGCCAUACAGGAAGGCACCACCUCAGCACCGGGAGAAUCGGAGUGAGCCACCUAUUUUUAGGAAUGAACUAGACGGGACAGCCGUACCAACUGAGCAGAGUCAGGAACCACUGACUGAUGGAGACCGAAUUAAGUUGUUGCAGCAACAGAAUGAAGAACUGCUUCGAAAGCUGACCCACAGCACAAAAAGGCUGGAGAUAAUGGAGGCCGACUUUGAGUCCAGCCGGCAUUACCUGGAGGCAGAGCUGAACCAUGCCCGGGAAGAAGUGGACAAACUGAAGGACAAAUUCCGCAGAUUACAGAAUAGUUACACUGCAUCCCAACGAACCAAUCAGGAGCUGGAGGACAAACUACAUGCCCUGGCCUCUAUCAGCCAAAGCUGGAUCUAUGCAAUUAAAAAAGCUGAACUGGAAAAAAAGACCCUCGACUGGGAAAUUGUGGAACUUACAAACAAAUUACUUGAUUCAAAAACUGCUAUCGACAAACUGGAGGAGUUAAAUGAGCGCUAUCGACAGGAUUGUAACCUUGCCGUUCAACUGUUAAAGUGCAACAAAUCUCAUUUCAGGAACCACAAGUUUGCAGAUCUCCCCUUCGUACUUCAAGAGAUGGUGAACAAGCAUCUGGAGUCCAGUGAAGAUUUCCAGGCAGGCCGGGAGCCGGUCCCCACUCUUGGUUCCUCUGAUGUUGUGCCAACUUCCGUCAUUGCCAGAGUUUUGGAAAAGCCGGAGCCACUGAUCCUGAACUCAGCCAAGUCCAGCAGCAGCAAUCAGCCUAUCGCAGAGGACGUCUUUGUCCAUGUGGACAUGAGUGGCAAUACCAAUGGCAUCAAAAGUACAGGGAAAGAGAGAGAUCAAGACAUGACGCCGUCUGUAGUUCCUCAAAAUGGGGUGUGUAGGCAGCAGAUUUGUUCAGAGGGCCCACCAGAUGAAGCAGCCACCUUUGAGAGGCUGAACCCGUAUCCCACCCCACCUCAGAACCUUUUCCCUGGCCGUAAAGCUGUCAUUGAAUUCUCUUCCGAUGACAAGGUUAAAAUCCCAAAGAACAGUCCCUUACCUAACUGUACGUAUGCCACCAGACAAGCCAUAUCGCUCAGUCUGGUCCAGGGGGAGGAAGAUGGGUUGGAGCGACAGCGGACUGUACCCAACAGUCCGUCAUCGGAUGGGAGGAAGUCAGGGCAGGUAACCAGCAGGCAGUACCAGUCUCCAAGGUCAGGCACACCCAGAGGGCCUGGAAACCAGUUUCAGUCGGCUCAGUCAAGCCCUUUCAAUAGCCCACCUCAAACGUCAAGUGCAUUUGCCAGCUCAACAAGUUCAGAAGAAGAUCUGCUUGCAAACUGGCAGCGGAUGUUCGUGGAGAAGGUAGCUCCUGCUUCUGAAAGGGUCAUUGCCCAUCGAACAUCCUUCAGUAGUGACAUGGUCCAAGAGUUGCACAAUAGCUUGGGCAACAAAGUUGCCACGGGUGAGAGAAGGCCAGCUUACUCAGAUGGAGAAGAAUCGGGCCAGAGCUGCAGCUGGACAAUGAGUCGGGAUUCCAGCCUGGAUACAGACAGCACCGAUUCUAAAGUACGGAAAAACAAAUGUACGCUGGAUUACAGGAGCGAAUUCUCUCGGGAAGAAGGAGAGCAGCUGCUUCACACUGCGGGUGUCGAUCAGCCGGACACACAGUCUAGUCCACUGCGGAAGCACAAAGAAUACAUGGAUACUGUCUCUGGGAACAGCUCAGUAGAAGAGCGAGACGUUCUACUUUAUGAAAGCCAGACCACACUACAGGAUGAGGUGGAAGAGACUGGAGACAAACCAUCGAUCGCUUCAGUGGGGCGGCAGCAGAAGAGUCCAAAGCGGAUGGGCGUCCAUCACUUGCUGCGAAAGGACAGUUUAACCAGGGCACAGGAGCAGGGCACCCUGCUGGACUAGCCCAGAGGUACUGCGCAAAAUGUCACUCAGCAAAAAAAAACUUCUGAAAAUCUUUUUAAAGCGUGUAGAAAUUCACAGAAUGUUUCCUAGGAAUGUAUGAAGCUGGGCAAAAGCAAACUAAAUCAGCAUGUGCAGUUUAGUAGAAUCUGGGUUCAAAGGCAAUACUUCAGUAUUUUCUAAGAAAAUCAUUUUGUUAUGAAUUAAAUCAUUGCGGGGGAAAAAACCCAAAUUCCUGAAGAGUAUCCAUGCUGGAUGAUGGCAGGUAAUUUCUCAGCAUGUCUUGUGUUUUUACUUUGGUUUUUGUGUCUUCGUGUUCUUAGUGUCUUGUCUCCCUUGCAUGCUUCAAGAGCAAUGCGAGUGGUUGCAUAUUCUACAGUCAUACUUCGGUCGGUAUUGAAUUUACAAAGCGAUCUUGGUGCAUUAAGAAUGGCAGGUGUCGGCCUUAUUUCAAAGUUGUGGCGGACACCAGAAUGCGUUAUAAGCUCCUUGGUUUAAGUUGAGACUGCUAAUGCCAACUGUUAACAUUCAAACCAUUUAAUAGUGUUUGUAAUUUCCCUGCCCUGCCCUCUGCAUCAUGUUACCAGUGAAUCACUGAUUCACCUGUGUGCAGUGGGACUUGUUGUGACCACAAAUCUCCCCAGUGCCUAAUUUUGUCCAAAUAGAGAAAAAAUUGGCAUUGGGUUUUGUUUUUUGGUUCUAAUGUUUUUCUGCCAACAAUAGUCCAUAAAAGGCCUCAACAACACCUUAAAUAUAAUGAUAUGCAAGGAUGCUUGACAGAGGCACAAGUACAACAUGGAAACUUUUCCGAUAUCCUUGGUAGAAGUAUUUAAGGAUUUCCAGACUGCCGUCAAACAUGGUGCUGUCUUCGCAUGUUCUGCAAUCCAACAAUCAGUUAAAGCAUUACCAAAGUGUUGCCACACAUUCUCACUGCUACACACUCCAGGCAGGUGAUCCAAGAUUAGUGGAAUCUGGAUUAAUACCAAGCAGAACUGGAAAGGUUCCCGCGGUUGGCAACCCUUGAUUGCAAAACAGGGAAGGUGGAAGGAAUUGUUAUCAUAGUGCGCUGAUUGCAGAAUUCUUAAACAAACCGACUGCUCUGUUGAUCAGCUGUGGAGAUCUGAAACUUCUAGCCCCUGUGUGGUGCGCUACCAUUUUCUAGCCACCAAAGCAGAGCCUCCAACAUCUGCAGUGCCCAAACGAUCCCAGAGGAUAGUGUGUGGCUUGAUCUUAUGGGACAGAAUGAACAACCAUUCAUUCUCCUGUUUUACCACUGCAACGAUCCAGAAUGUUUAUGUUCAGUAUUGAAGUACAGCUAAAUGCUUCUGUUUUAAAAAAAAGUACCAGAUUUAUUUUGCUGUCAUUCUUUUAAACAGGAUGUAAAUGUCCAGCCCUCAGUGACCGACAGGGAUGUGUUCGUCUUCCUGUUCACUUCUGCUGAUCUGGGAAAGAAUCCCAACCCUAAAUGACCUCUUCCAUUGACUUACUUCAUGACAGUAUUCUAAGUCUUAGGUUUAAAAAAAUAUUAUAUUAAGUAUUAAUGUUCUUAAUCCUUUGGGUGGGUUAAUGCUGAGCUGAUAAACAUUCAGAGCUGGUUAAGUGCUGGCUGCACCCUUGUAGUUAAGCUAGAUCUACAGUAUUAUAAAAUGAUCACCAACUGCCAAAUUCAGCAAUAGGUCACUGAAUAAAAUCUGUUUCACCAUUUCUGGCUGUGCUACUGCUGCAGUUAUUGAAUCUGCCAAGACCAUUCGAACACUAGCAUAAGAUAACUUACUCCCCAGGAAAACCCAAUGUUAAAAGGCUGCUGGGAGCCACUGCUACGCACACACACACUACUUCACUCCUGAGGACCCCUCCAAACAGUAACACGCUCCCACAACCCCUCGCAAACAGUAGCACACUCCCAGGAACUCCCGCAAAUGGCGACGCACUCCAGGGAGCUCCCACCAAUGGUCUCACGCACGGGAUCACUUCAAAUGGUGAUAGGCUCCCAGGAACACUCGCAAACGUUGAAAUAGUGUCAGUAACACACUUCCAGCACCUACAAAUGGUAACACAUCCCCACUAACAGAUUCCUGGGAAAACGCAGUCCUGGAGACUCCUAAAAUAGUCCCGAUAGCGGAUUUCCAGGACAAUGCACUCCCAGGGACCCUGACAGCUGGUAACUGCUUGGUCCCCUCACAUGGUGAUACACUCCUGGGAACCACUACAAAGGGUAACAGUUCCUGGGGAAAUGUACCCUGGAAACCCCACAAAUGAUAAAACACUCUUUAGGAACGCUUUAAAUCAGUGGCUCCUCCUCAAGUAAUGUAUCAUCUGAAUGCAGGUACCCCCCCCCCCC